AUGGCGACCGAAGGUAUGACUGUCCUGGUUGAGAUGCCGAAUCUCAGUUCUGCUGUCAGGAUGUUCCACAAGCUUGACGACGUCAACUCCCUCCUAAGUCUUAUCAGCGACACCUGCCCAUUCUUCGAGAUCUCUCGCAUGACCGCUUUCCGCAACAACAAAGCCCUCGAAAAAACCGACAAGCUCUUAUUUGGAGAACACCUCGUCGUCAAAUACAAAUACGAAGACCUCGAUCGCGUUGAUCCCAAAGUUGAACUCGAGAAGGUUCUCGAUAAGAUGAAGGAUAUCGACGUAAUCCUCCAGAUUCUUUCUACUCAAAACGAGUGCCUUCUCGACCAGGAACAACAAAACCCGAAUAUCAAGGGAUUGAGUGUUGGAAUUGGCUCUGAUUUUUCGUUCGAAGAGGGUUAUGAAAGUUCUGAUAGUGUCUACUAUGGAAAGGAUAUGCCUCUUCCUGUCAUUCGUGUCAAACUUCCUGGCGCGAAUGGCGGUGCGGUCAUUGCUCCUGGACCUGAUAGAGACUCUAAAGAACGAUUCCGACGUAUCUUUGAUACCAAUAUCCAAGGUAUCUACUUCAAAAAAUACAAAGCCGGAUACCCCACUAGUUCCUUGGAGAGUAUGACGAAGGAGCAGCUUGAGGAAACUUUUGGGAUCUAUCCGGCUCUGGAAUCUUCUGGUUCUGAGGAAGAUGGGUCUGGUGUAUCUGGAACUACGGAGUCUUUCAUCCCUGAUGAAGAGAUUCCUCAGUUGAAAAUUUGA